GGUUCCCCCUUAGUUUCAGAAAGUUUCGGAGAUGAAGAUUCAGUGCGACGUCUGCAACAAAGACGAGGCGCUGCUUUUCUGCACCGCCGACGACGCCGCCCUCUGCUCCACCUGCGACCACCGCGUCCACCACGCCAACGUCCUCGCCUCCAAGCACCUCCGCUUCCCCCUCCUCCACCCCAACAACAACAAUUUCCCACUCUGCGACAUCUGCCAGGAGAGACGAGCGUUCCUAUUCUGUCAGCAGGACCGGGCGAUUCUUUGCAAAGACUGCGACUUUCCAAUCCAUUCGGUGAAUGAGCUUACCCAGAAGCACGAUCGGUUCCUUCUCACCGGCGUGAAGCUCUCUUGUGAGUCUGCCGGGAAUGUGCCGUCGUCUUCCUCUAUGUCCGAGAAGAUGGCUAAUGCUUCUUCUGCCCCUGUUUCGAAUUCGCCUUCAAUUGCGGAGAGUUCGACUUCUAACGCCCAGACGGUGGGUGCGUCCACCGAUGGGUGUGAGGCGAUGAAUGGUGUGGAGUAUUUUAUUGACGCGAUUUCUGGGUGGCAUUUUGAUGACUUUCUUGAUUCUUCCUCUACCGAUGCUCCUCCUUUUGGUUUCUGUAAGCUGCAGAGCGAUGAGGUUGAUGGUGAUUGGGUUUUUCAAUUUGUUGAUGAUUUAGUUGAAUUAGAAACGAGCGGGGAUUCUUUCUCGUCGGAGGAUUGGGGAAUUAGGAGCCCAGAGGAGGAGGCUGCCGUACCUCUGUUUUGUUCAGAGAUUGAGAUGGAGGAAAGGAAGAAAGGUAGAACCUUGAAGGAGAAAACCAGAGGAGGAGGUGGUGGUGGUGGCGGUGACGGUGGGAUUUCGGUGCCGGAGGUUGAUCUCCGGCCGAGAAGAUUCAGAUCCUCUUGAUUUGCGUUUUGAGGUCGUGAUUUUGUGUAUACGUACAUACAUUUUGAAUGUUGCGGCCAACUCCAAAAUCAGAAGUGCAUGGUUUCCUUUUUUUGGCUAAAUUCUAAAAGAAUAUAUCCAUUAAUUUUGUCA